GAAAYAUGGCGGACGCAUGGAACAUUCGCAGAACUGGMGAAUUACCAACUAAUACURCAAUUUGUAYAACUAGAAAUGUUAAUCAAGAACUUGUCGAAAGUUUAAGAAAACAACUUUCAUGCAUGGCCAGAAAUGUGACUAAAAAUCCAUUAUGGCAAGAAAUGAACACUGUUAAGUGUAUUAUAUACAAACACCACAACCAACAUCGCAAAGAAAAAUACUUCAAAGGACURAAAUUGGUUAAAAAACAUCUUUCAAGAAUUCAAGAAAUGGAGUUAGGAUCAAUAUUAUCAACGUUCAUAAAUAUACUUCCCAAAAAAGGUGUACCUAUUAGCACUGUAACAAGAUAUCCAUGUAAUCAAUCCAUGGAGUAUGUCCUUCUUAAAUUCAUGGGAGCAUCAAAAGUUGCUGCACAGGCUAUUGGUCACUGCAAGGGGACAUUUGCUCAUGUGUGUGGUCAGUUAAAUCAUGGUUUUUUUAUCACCUUCCAUAUUGCUGUUGCAGCAGCACUGAGCAGAAUUUGGGUUCUUUUAAAAGAUUUAAUUCAGAAUAUUAUUGAAUGUUAUGAAGUWCUUUAUCCUUGGCUGGACAUUGUUGAUAAAACUGACAAGCAGAAUUCGAGUCAAACAGCUCUACCAUCUUGCCUAAAGACCUGGCUAAGUGCUGACUUAGAUGAAUCUAAUAUUAUUCAUGAUAAAAACAAUGAUUCCAAGGCAGCAUUUACUCCAAAAACAUCAACUCUUCUUGACAAGCUAUUUUCAUUCACACCUCAGACUGAGAAACAAUAUCAAGAUUCACCAAAGGAUCUUCUUGAUGGAUCUAUUCUUGUUCCUAGAAACAUGUUUCAGGAAUGCAACCCCACACACAGUGCAUCUCCAUCUGUCUCAUCAAAAGCUACAAAGAAGCGGAAAGGCGGAGAUAUUGAGGGGUUUCCUGAAYGUAAAAAGCUAUUUUUGGAUUCGCCARAGACCAGUGCAAGAACUGAAGUGGCUUUGGAAGARAAGRGAAGUYAUGUCGAAUUAGCAAACAGUAUCAGCGAAGAGACAAUGUGGAACCACGUUCUUGAUUCGAGCCGAACCGCAUGUAUACAACACAAAACCAAGCAAGGAAGUGAAGAAGAAAGGAAAAGGAAACUGUCUGUAGUACAGGGGACCAAAAAUGGUUGUCAGGUCGAUAGUGAUGAAAAGAUACAGAAACAAUCGAAAAGGAAAUCUAAGAAAAAGAGGAAAAACGACGAUGAAACUAUUGGUGGUAAUGAAAAAUCACUGAAAAAAUCCAAAAAGAAAUUUAAAAACCACAAGAAAAACGACGAUGUAAUUUCAGCUAUACAGUCAAACGACAUUURUUUACAUCCUCCAGUAAACUCUGGUAAGAAGAAUGACAAACAUUUUAUUCAAGAGACCAAAAAUGGGUUUCAUUUUGACGGUGUUGAUAACUCAAUGAAACAAUCUCCCAAGAAAUUUAAAAAAGGCGAGAAAAACAACUGUAAAUCUGCUGAGAAGACAGUACCAGUAUUAAAUAUCCAAAGGAACUYGAGCAAAAAGAAAAACAAGAAGAAAAUGAAAAGYAAAACUUCAAGUCCUUCUCCAUUAGWKAUUYUGGCGCUUGARCAAGACUCYCCGAAACAAAAGAAACUGAAGCUAAAGAAAAACAAAGCAGAUAAAGACAGGGUUAAAACAAGUAGGAAAGAAGAUGAUUAUUUUGAUAAUUUGUUUAGUGCCUUAGGUGUCUAAUUUCACGAAAUAGUGGAUUGACUUUUUUAUAUUUCAGAAGACAUGAUUUCUCUGAGUAUGAAGUUAUUGAGACGCGCCUCGAGUACAUAUUUCCCUUGAUACUUUAUAAUAGUUUCAAUCUUGCACUAAAGAAAUAUUAUGGUGCACAUGUUUUAGUGUCAUUCGCUAUUAUGUUGAGAAGUGCUGAACUGAGACGUGUUUGUAUCAGACAGAAAGCCACAUUGAACAAAACUGGACAUCCUCAGUCAUUAACAUUACACGAACUUUAUUUGAAAUAUGUUUAUUUGAAACUAAAUUUGAAUCGCGUGUAUGAUUCUAAUAAUAUACAAAAAAAUAAUAAAUAUUAUAUCCAUAACGAUAUGACUUAACAUUUUGUACAAAUUUAUAAAUAUAUUCAAUAUUAACUUCGGCUGUAACUACAUAAAUAUUCACAACUGCGAAAAGAUGAGCUUGUCGUUUUACAACGUUAACCGCUCUUUGAAAAAAGUUUUUUUUUAUCAGAUUGGUU